GUGAAGAUCUGCCGCGACGUCUUCUUCAGGUUGCACCGCGGACAUCUUGUGGAAGUCAGACGGGAACUAUAUUUCUGCUUGAAACCAGAAGUGGAAACCACAGGAGUCGAUUUGAUGAGGAAGCUGUUUUUUACGGACUGUCAGUGCGCCAGGGAGCCAUCAAAGACCUACGAGGAGCUGUUCGCCAAGCUGGACACCAACAAGGAUGGGAAAGUGGAUGUUUCCGAGCUCAGGGCAGGCCUGGCUGCAAUGGGCAUCCAAACCGGGAAUGCGGCUGCUCAGAAAAUCGUUUCCUCCGGCGACAGGGACCAUGAUGAUAGGCUGGACUUCAAGGAGUUCACCAAGUACCUGAAGGACCAUGAGAAGAAGCUGCGUUUGACUUUCAAGAGCUUGGACAAAAACAAAGAUGGUCAGAUAGACUACAUGGAGAUAAAACAGUCCUUCACUGAUCUGGGUCUGGACAUCAGCAAGGAGGACGCAGAGAAGAUCCUUCAGAGUAUUGAUGUUGACGGCACCAUGUCUGUGGACUGGAAUGAAUGGAGGGAACACUUCCUGUUUAACCCAGCAACCAGCCUGCAGGAGAUCAUUCGCUACUGGAAGCACAGCACGGUUCUGGAUAUUGGGGACAGCUUGACCAUCCCAGAUGAGUUCACAGAGGAGGAGAAGACGACAGGUGUGUGGUGGAAGCAGCUGAUGGCGGGGGCCAUAGCGGGAGCUGUGUCCCGUACAGGAACCGCGCCGCUGGACAGACUGAAGGUCUUCAUGCAGGUGCAUGGUUCGAAGAGCAACAAAAUCAGCUUGGUGGGAGGCUUUAAGCAGAUGUUAAAAGAAGGAGGGGUGACAUCUCUGUGGAGAGGAAAUGGUACUAACGUCCUUAAGAUCGCUCCAGAGACGGCCAUUAAGUUCAUGGCGUAUGAACAGUAUAAGAAGCUGCUGGCCAGUGAACCAGGGAAAGUCCAGACCCACGAGAGGUUCAUGGCGGGAUCGAUGGCCGGAGCCACGGCACAAACUGCCAUCUAUCCCAUGGAGGUGAUGAAAACCCGACUGACGCUGAGAAAAACGGGACAGUACUCAGGGAUGUUCGACUGUGCCAAGAAAAUCCUGAAGAGGGAGGGAGUUAAGGCAUUUUACAAGGGCUACAUUCCCAAUAUUCUGGGCAUUAUCCCCUACGCUGGGAUAGAUCUGGCAGUGUAUGAGACUUUAAAGAACCUCUGGCUGUCGAAAUACGCCAAGGACACAGCAAACCCAGGUGUUCUGGUGCUACUGGGGUGCGGUACCAUCUCCAGCACCUGUGGUCAGUUGGCCAGUUACCCCCUGGCACUGAUCCGCACCCGCAUGCAGGCACAAGCUUCUCUGGAGGGCUCUGAGCAACUACCAAUGGGCCGCAUGGUGAAGAAAAUCCUGGAGAAGGACGGCUUCUUUGGACUUUACCGUGGCAUCCUCCCCAAUUUCAUGAAGGUCAUCCCGGCAGUGAGCAUCAGCUACGUGGUGUACGAGAACAUGCGCUCUGGCUUGGGUAUCCAAAAGUAAGCUGAAGAACCCGCUACCUGCAGCAGUUUGAAGUUUUUAAUUGAAAUACACUUCCCUUUCUUUAUUAAGUUGUUUACCUGGAGGUCACCAUAGGCUGGAUGUAUGCAGAUGAAACUAUACAGGUUUUAAAGUGACAGCAGGACUUGGCUAGACCACUUUAAAAUCCUGCAGCACUAACAGAGUUUCAACUUGCGGGUUGUUUACGAUGUACCCACGACUCUACGUGCACUGACACACUUUGGGUCAAAUGGCUUUAAAUCACUCAAAGAAUAUUUUUGUUUUUAAUUUAACUGUCGAUUUCAAUGGAAAACCCAUAGUUUUAUAUGCAGCCCCAUGGCAUGUAACAUACAUGCAUCAAUCAUUUCUUUCACGUUUAAUCAAGAAGCACUUUUACCCGCCAGUUUCGACCCUUAUCAGAAGUCCGAGCCAUCACCUGCUGUGGUGAAAGACAGAAAAGUCACAAUGCAAACACCCACACAGCUUUGCAAGGUGUCACUCAGAAAUCUGAGAAAUAUUAACGUGAAAAACGUUGUCCUUUUAGGUGUGGAUUUCAUACUAUUGUUUACUAAAGAGUUAAAAUUCAGGAUAUUGCUGCACCUUUAGUAAAAGGAAACUAAAUGUGCCUUAUGUGUUUUUUUUUCUCAGAUCUGUUGAUUCUGUAUCUUCUGUUUUUCUCUUGCCUUUAUUCCCAACAUUUGGUUCAUAGAUGUUAAUGUUUACAAUAAAACAUCUGAUUAACAUAAAA